AUGGCUAUCACUCAACAGGAAGCCGCGAUCCUCAUCCGCUACGUGAACGGCAGCCUUAUCGUGCGGCAACUGCAGGCUGUUCUGAAGGCCGAGGGACAGCCUACCAGCGGACUCAAACAACCCCUUCAGAAGCGGUUGACGACGUACAUCGAAUCGAUCGUUUCGAGAGGCGACACACAGGCGUUCCAACGAGUCAAGAACCUGGUACAUCACAACGAAGUCCCCGGUAGCAGUGCCUCGCCCGCGAGGUCGGUCUCCCGCGGCGUAACCCACGCUGCUAAUGCCUUCACUGCUUCCCCGCCCGGCCGCCCAGCUCUACCGCCUCACGCAUACGGUCAUACCGGAGCGCCGAUCCGCAUCUUCUGGAAGGAGAGUCCGUUCUACACGAUACUGGCGCCGCUCAGCGAUCAGGCAAAAUGUCCAGUUACAACGGUUGUUUCACUAAGCCAGAACCAAGUCAACCAGUUGACCAAUGACCUGUCAUAUAGAUGCAUGGUCUAUUGUGCGGCAGUGGAGCAAUUCUCACCAUUUGUUCGAAACACCGAAAUCGCGUUCCCACACCAGGUCGAACUACGUGUCAACGAGACGGUGGUGGCGGGCCCGGGUCUGAAUCUGCGAGGUCUCAAGAACAAGCCUGGAUCUACGCGUCCAGCAGACAUCACUGAUAGGUUGAAUCUCACGCCCAACUACCGCAACCAGAUCGGACUCACAUAUGCAAUGACUCAGAAGGAGUUUGCUUUUGUGGUUAACUUGGUCAAGUUUGAAACGGUUGAGAAUCUAGUCUUGAAACUACGGCAGGGGAAUGCCAUCGCCAAAGAAACAGUGAUAUCUGAUAUGAUCAAAAAGAACGAGGAUUCCGAUCUCGUUGCAACUUCCGCCAUCAUGUCCCUGAAAUGUCCAAUAUCGACACUGCGCAUUGAUCUACCCGUGCGCUCAUCGUUUUGCGCGCAUUCGCAGUGCUUUGACGCCACAUCUUUCCUGCAGUUGCAGCUACAAGCACCGACAUGGACUUGUCCUACUUGCAACCGUAGCAUCAUGUUCACACAGCUCGUCGUGGAUAGAUACUUUGACGAUAUCCUGAACUCUACACCGAAGACGGUCGAAUCCGUCACCAUCAAUUCCGAGGGUAAAUGGUCCGUCGCGGCGGAGGCGUCGAACUCUCCCAUAGCUAGCUCGGACGAUGAGGGCGGUCACUACGACAGCAAGAUUGUCGAUCUCGAUGAUAUCCACCCGAGGAGGAGUUACCAGCCUUCUGCCACCACCACACCAGCGGGUUCCAACUCCCGGGAUGAAUCAUUUACCAACAGUGCCAAUGGCCGGAAUGGAGGCAUGGGCAAUAAGCGUCCCAUCGCGCAAGUCAUCGAUUUGACGUUGAGUGACGACGACGAUGAGCCGCCUCGCCCAGCUAAGCGUACCGCCACCAGUAACGGUAAUAACAGCAGCGACAACUCACUACCGACCCCGUCGAGUGUUGUGGGCUACAUGCGCUCUUGUUCUGAUUCGACGGCUCCGAAUGGAUAUUCACCGGUAGGGACUCCACCAUACAACAUAAACUACCCGGACCUCUCAAACAGUGGUUGGUAUGACGAACCAUUCUAA